CGUGACUCUUUAAAAUGAUAUAUCUAAUAGUGCGUGCUGUUUAUCUAAUAUAAAUGCUUUUAGAGGAAAUAUAAAAAUAAUGUGUCUUGCGCAAACAACUAUGCUUUUAUCAAAACGUAAACAUAUAAAUUGACUCUACCCCAUAGGACUGUUUAAAAGCUGUGCUGGUGCCGUGACAAAUAUUCAAUUGCUUUGGCAGAUUACGAAAUAUCGUAUUGAUUCUUUGAAAAAGUUGUUAUCAUCUCUGAAACUUAAUAGUUUUGUUGCUUUGGGAAUUGUAUCCAGUGAUGGGUAAUAAAGCGUUUUAAUUGCCAAUAAUUCUAUAAGAAUUUCAUUUUGCUUUUCUAAAAACUAAAUGCGGUAACGGAUUAUCGUGGUUAUGCAAGAAGAAAUAUACAUAUCAACUAAGAUAUGUACUACAUGUUACUUCAAGAAUCCUAUUAGCGUACAUUGCUAUAAUGAAAAAUAAGUCUUGUUCUGCUAACAAGUCUAUUGCGGUACUUAUUCUGAUCGUUUUAGCAGAUAUACCGGUGUCACCUCUCAAUGUAUCUGAAGCAGAUAAUCUCUACACAAAGCUAUUAAAUGGUUAUAAUAAAAGGCUUUUGCCUGUCACUAAUCAAAGCGGACCAGCUCAUGUUGGUGUCUAUAUAUAUUUACUUAGUAUCAAUAAGUUUGAUGAACUCUCUGGCGAGUUAGCUCUCACUUUAAUUUUCAAUUUCACAUGGAGGGAAGAGCGCAUGUCAUGGUCUCCUGACGACUUCGACAGUAAAGCAUCUCUUCUUAUGUCACCAGAAGAUGUAUGGCGACCUAAAGCAUUUGUUCGUGAAUCAUUCGACAAUAUUCAAGAAAUAGGUAACGGGUCUGAAAUGGUACGGAUUACUUAUGAGGGAAUUGUUGUUUGGACACUUGGUUCUGUAACACGAGUUACAUGUCCUGUGGAUGUGACAUUUUUUCCAUUUGACAUUCAAUCUUGUUCAAUAACACUGACCACUCUUACAGUAAGAAGUGAGGACUUAACGUUUCAUUCAAUGGAACCUUCAGCCGAUAUAAGAUACUGGGCUAACAACAGUCGAUGGGAGUUCCAGAAAAGCAUAAUUCACAGCUAUGCUAUACGAGAUGGACCAUCUGGUCUUGUUUUAACUAUAACAUUGAAACGACGUAGCGAGUUUUACAUAAUUUACAUAGUUGUACCGUUAGUUUUCCUUGGUGGAAUGAAUAACCUUGUGUUUUACAUGCCGGCUUCAUUUGGGGAGCGCACUUCAGUUGCAAUUACGGCCUUUCUUUCAUUUGCUGUAUACAUGCAAAUUGUAAACAAUAAUGUUCCGCAAAGCUCGUCGCCAAUAGCUUACAUAUAUUAUUAUCUGAUGUUUCUUUUGUUAUAUAGCUCGUACAUUACAUUUGCUUGCAUCGUGUCGAUGCGAAUAUAUGACAGGAAAGGCAAAGUUCCGGUAUUCACAAAAUACCUCGUUAUCUGUUUAAAAUGCAUGUGUUUCAGAAGAAUGUGUAAGAAGAGGAAAGUAAAAGAUCUAAAGCCAAAAUUGCCAGAUUGUACAAUGGAAACAAAUAUUGACGGCGAGGAAAGUUAUGGUGAUGAAUGCAAGCAAGUAAAGUCAAAGGAUGAACACGCAAAUGAACAAGAAAACGAUGAAAUAACUUGGACAAUAGUUGGAAAAACAUUUGAUAUGUAUUGUUCUGGAUUCAAUUUUCUAAUUUAUUGGGUAGUUACUGGUGUUACAUUAUUAAGUUUGUAUCUUAACGCUGAAUUUUUGAAAUCAUUCUCUCUUGAAAAGCACUAUUAAUAUAAUAUCCGGAAUAAUAAUACUGGUACAAAUGUUUUUCCUUGAUCAAUACCAAAAACAUGAUCAUUGGUUAACACAAGUGUUUACCCGGGACAAAAACAUGAAGCUUUAAUUUGUUUCUUCGAUCAGAACUAGUAAUGUAUUUGCCGGACCGAUAAACAGGUAUGCAUGUGUUGCCCAGGCCAAUUUCAAUUUUCUUUGUUGACAAGUAUUACAAAUGUAGCUGUGUAAAUGUCGACUUCGGACUUAUCUAUGUUGUUAAAUGCUUGACCAAUAUGAGUUAUGUAAAUGUUCACUCUGGGAAAGUAGUGUUAUAUUGAUAAAUAAUUAAACCUUUUGACCGAACAGGAGUAGUGAUAUUCACCCCCGACCGAUCCUAAGGAUUAUUGCGACGGACGCGCCCUCAGGCGCGUUCAGAGCUAAGUCAUCUACACAUGGGAUUUCGUCGGCUACAAUCGCGCAAAGUGUCCUAAACCGAUUAACAGCCCAAGAAAUAGUACAUGAAUUUGAUCCUUCAAAACUCCCAUACUUUGUCGGGAUAUCUUAAAGUCUUCCAUAAUUAGCCUUUUUAAUUUCAAAUUAAGUUAUCCAAGUUAAAAUAUGAACGUAUAUUAUUGAUAAAAACGUUGUAGUCCCGUAGUAUUAUUGCGCAAUAUGCAAAUUACUGCCAAAACGAUUUACCGCUGUUGAAAAAGUAGGACAGCAAAUUAUACUACAAUAAAGGUGUAAGCUCUGAGUUCCAAGACAUUAUUAGUAGAAAAUAAAUAUUUCUACAUUAUACAAAACAUUAUUAUUAACAAAUCAAAAGUUUUUCGUGACUCUAGGAUAACUCGCGCAUUAAUAAAAGAAGAACUAUUUUCGUGACUCAUACCGCGGGUUUAGCUGAAUAUUCAGCAGUUAUUAAUAAAUUAGAUACAGUACAAUGGUUAGUAUAAAUAUCUAUUUUUGAAAAUGCAUGUAAGAAGAGAGUUUUUCAACACUUUACCACCAUGUAGUCUUUCAUGGUAAGGAAGUUAUAAUAUAAGUAGAA